GUAUCUUCUACCGGCAAAAUGAUCCACAAUCCAUCAAAUGAUGUCAAGAACUUGCAUCAGAAAUUUAAUCUACCAAGUAUCACGACCCGAAAAGCACGCCAGGCCUUUGAAAUGAGCAUAAAGUCAGGCUACACUGAUUCUUACAAGGGGCUUGUUGCAAACUACCUGGCACAAUCUGCCAACCCAGAAAAACUUAACCAGCUGAAGAUGGCAGGGACUGCAAUAACGAGAAUGGAGAUCAUCAGGAAGAUUGCUGCUCCAUCUGUACCUGGGCAACCGGGGACCACAUUGCCGACAAAGUCAUCAAAAGGAGUAAAUCCGAAAGAAGACUUUGAAGUGACACUUGAUGGAGACCCCCCCAAGAAGAAAGACAGACCUGAGCACUCCAGAAACAGCUACAAAGCCUUCUAUGACAAAUGGAGAGAUGAACAACAAAAGAUGCGCAUCAAUGAUGUUAUUGCUAACUUCCAAUGCAGACAGCCUUCUGAAAGACAGGUGCGGAGAUACAAUGCGAAACAGGGUUGGACGAAAAACACAGUCACUGCGGAGAGUGUGUGUCGACAGUGGAAACCUGCAGAGACCGAGAAAGCAGAGUUUGACAGCGUGCCCAUGCAGAAGCUGGUCUUGUCACAGAGGUGGAAGGGACUGCACAUUGUUGAGGACCCAAAGAAAGGAAGAAUGGUCAUGACUACGAGAACCUUUCGCAAAGGAGAGGUGGUCUGUGACUAUCAUGGCAUUCCUAUAUCUUUCAAGGAGGGUAAGACGCUUUUGAAAAACACGCAAGGGAAUGCAAUGGGCUGCUUGUAUUUUUACAAGAACAGCAAAGGUGUGAAUUGCUGCAUGGAUGGACAGACUAUCCCGUGCCCAUGUCACCCUGAAAAGGAAACCUUUGGAAGACGCAUCAAUCACUCCAGGAGACACCCAAACCUCAAAUCAGUCCUGAAGACCCUCACCAUUGAUGGCAUCAAGAAGGACUUCAUCUUUUUCAUGGCCAAAACAGACAUCAAGUGUGAUCAAGAAGUUACUUUUGACUAUAGUGUAAAUGGAAUGUUCUUUGUUGCAGAAGCAGCUGAUUCAGAAUUGGUGGAUGAUUAG